AUGUGGCCGGGGCUGCUGCCGUGGAGGAGGCGGCCGCUGCUACGGCUGCAGCUUCUGCGGGGCUUCUUACCGGGGAGGCGGCGGCAGCUGCUACGGCUGCAGGAGGCCGCCCGCGCGCUGUCCAGCGGCCUGCGAGGCGAGGUCGACCGCUUCGGGGGCGUUACAGUGCGCUUGGGCCAGCUCCAGCCUGCGGACAGCCCGGACCCGGCCGCCUUCCGGACGUGGCUCCAGGCCUCAAUCCAGCAAUGGCGAGCAGAGGGCAGAGUAGCCAUCUGGCUGCACGUCCCCAUCUUCCAAAGCCAGUUUAUAAGCCCAGCGGCUUCCCUGGGCCUUCGCUUUCACCAUGCAGAGGCUGAUGCAUCUCUGAUGACCCUGUGGCUGGGGGAAGGGCCCAGCCGCUUGCCGGGCUAUGCCACCCAUCAAGUAGGAGUAGCAGGUGCUGUAUUUGAUGAAGACACUGGAAAAGUACUGGUUGUACAAGAUCGAAAUAAAAUGAAAAAUGCAUGGAAGUUUCCAGGAGGUUUGUCAGAGCCUGGAGAGGAUAUCGGAGACACAGCUAUUCGAGAGGUUUUGGAAGAGACUGGCAUCAAGUCGGAAUUCAAAGCCCUCCUGAGUAUCAGGCAGCAACACGGGGCCCCCAACGCAUUCGGGAAGUCAGAUAUGUACAUCGUCUGCCGGCUGAAGCCGCUUUCCUUCCACAUUAGCUUCUGUCCGCACGAGUGCCUGAAGUGUGAGUGGAUGAAUCUCACAGACCUCGCGCAAACAGACGACACAACUCCCAUCACGCGCAAAGUAGCAAAUUUGCUGCUCUACGGGCACAGGGAAGGGUUUGAGAAGAUCGACAUCACCAUGCGGGAACUCCCCUCUGUCUACACAGGCCUGUUCUAUAAACUCUAUCACAGGGAGUUGCCAGAGCUCUGUGAAAAUGUAGCUAGAAUGGAUUAAAAUUCACAUUUACAUCCUUU